GAGGGGAGAUGAGGGGUGCGCAGAGCGACCAUCGCGGCGGCUACACCCGCCACACACCAGUCAGUUGAGCGCGUGACGCUACAGAGACAACACGUACGAAUCCACUCUCAGGAACCAUGGAGGACGGAGACAAGAAGAAGUGUACAGAGGAUGAAGACAAGCCGGGAACUGCAGCAGGAAAUAUGGGUGAUACCAAUAAAUCAGUGAACGGGUCAAACAAAACAGGGGACACAGCUACCAAAAUAGGAGACGCUAUAAAUAAAACAAAUAGCGAGACAAGUAAAACAGGGAGUACAACAGACAAAACAGGAGAUUUGACAAACAAAACGAAUGACGCGACAAACAAAACAGGGGACACGACAAAUAAGCCUAGCAACGACGCGGCUUCCGCCAAGACGAUACCUGCGGACACAGAUAAACUAGACACAUCAUCACACGACACAACUAAGGACAUUUCUGUUGACAAGAAGGCUGAUAAGACUAGUAUUGGUUCUAAGGAUCACCCAGAUGUAAGUGCGCCUAGAUCAGAAGCCAAGGCAGCCGGGACUAUAACCGAUGCCAAAGCAACAGACGUUUCAGGGACCAAAUUAACAGUUAUAACUGUUAACGAAUCAAAAACACCAUCAGUCACUGACAAACCUAGUGCCCCUCAGAAAGCAGAAACCAAAUUAACAGACAAUAAAGACGAGGUAAUGGAUGUUAAAUUAACAGAGAAGAUAGACAACAAUGUUAAAUCAUCAGGCAAGGUAGAUAACAAUGUUAAAACUGAAAAUGAAGUAGAUAAAACAGUCAGUGGUAAGAAAACUGAAGAUGCGCGACUGGAAGACGCAGAAGACCAAGGUAAAAAUGAGCCUGACGAUGGUAAACAAAGACUGAUCAAAAAUGAAAGCAAGAAGAAGAUGGAUAUGGCGGGAGACGAAGAAAAGGCGGGAGAGGAGACCAUUCCCCUUAAAACUAAGGAAGUCGAGGAGCCCCAACCUGGAGUCAAGAAAGAUGCGGUGCCGGCGCGCUGGAUCAUGGCGGUGCUGGGGUGUGUAGGCUUCAUGAUUGUCUACGGCCUCAAAGUUAACCUCAGUGUCGCCAUCAUCGCUAUGGUGAACCACACAGCUGUGGCGGGGAUGAGCGCCCACCACGACGACCUGGAGGUCCACGGCGUCCACCACGAGCCCGAGGAAGUCCACACCACCAUCAGCAUCAACGGAGAGCCAGUCAACUCCAGCGCUCCUCUCCUUGACUCCUGUGGGAAGGCCGAGAAGAAGGAGGAACUGCAGGAUGGCCCCUUUGCCUGGGAUGAGAACAUUCAGGGACUCAUUCUAGCCUCCUACUUCUAUGGUUACCUCGUCACUCAGGUGCCUGGUGGAUGGGUGGCUGAGAAGUUCAGUGCCAAGCAUGUGUUUGGUAUGGGAGCACUGGUGAAUGCUUUUUGUGCUCUUCUCACCCCUGUGGCUGCCAGUGGCUCUUAUAUAUGGCUCGUCGUCAUGAGGAUCAUCAUGGGCAUUGCUGGGGGUGUCACACUACCAGCGAUGCACGUACUGAUUGCUGGCUGGGCCCCACCGCAGGAGCGGAGCAAAAUCUCCUCAACAAUAUAUGCUGGCAUGACAUUGGGAACCUUGGUGUGCAUGCCUUUCUCUGGGCUGCUAGCGGCAACACUAGGUUGGAGCUCUAUAUUCUAUAUGCAAGGUGGACUUUCUAUAUUGUGGUAUGUUCUCUGGUGUAUCUUUGUGUAUGACUCUCCAGCCCAACACCCAAGAAUUUCUAAGGAUGAGCGAAAGUUCAUUGAAGAAUCCCUUGGUACAGUAGUAAAGACAAAGAAACCACCAGUGCCAUGGAAGAAAGUGUGGACGUCACUGCCAGUAUGGGCCAUCAUUGUGGCACACACAUGCAACAACUGGGGCUGGUACAUGCUGCUUGUCAAACUCCCAACCUACAUGCGUUAUAUCCUUAAGUUUGACAUUGCAUCUAAUGCUGGGUUGUCUGCAGUUCCUUUCCUGUGCAUGUGGAUCUUCACCAUGCUCUUAGCCAAUAUUCUGGAUGCUCUCCGGUCACGGAAGGUUAUCACAACAACAUUUGCUCGCAAGCUUGCUACUUUUAUUGCCUCGAUGCCUCCUGCCAUUUGCUUGAUCGGUGUCACUUAUGUGGGAUGCAACACAGACUUGGCAGUGGCAUUACUUACCUUAGGAACAAUGUUUGUUGGAGGAAUGUAUUCCGGUUUCCUCUCCAACCACAUUGAUAUUGCACCACCAUUUGCUGGAACACUCAUGGGAAUAACCAACACAUUUGCCACACUUCCUGGAAUUAUUGUGCCAUCCUUUGUUGGUUACAUGACUCAUGGCAAUCAAACUGUCGAGGCUUGGCGUACAAUCUUCUUCAUAACUCUGGGAAUUUUCAGUGUAGAAGCUCUAUUUUACUCCAUCUUUGGAUCUGGUGAGCAGCAAGAAUGGGCCAAGCCAAAACCUUCUACUCAAGAAGUUGAACAACAGAAAUUGAAUGAUGUUGCUUAAAUGUGAAAUGUAACAUGGGAAUGAAGCAUGGGUUAGUGAGAUCUUUUACCUCCACAACACCUUGACAAAUAUUUUUGUAUUAAUUAGAUCGUUUGUAAGGAAAACAAAUACAGUAUCAAUUUUUAUGUUCAAUGCAUUAAGGAUUUUAAUAUCGAGGACUGACUUGAUAAUUUGAGAUGCAGCAUUACAAAGUAUAACUGUUUAUGUAAAGUGUCAGUGUGUUACCUAGAGACGAGGAAUACUGUACAGUGAUCCACUUACUGGUAAUGUGACACUGUGACAUAUAUCAAAUUAAAUGUCACCAGUACUCUUUAGAUGAAGUCAGGUAAUGAUAUUGAUACUAAACAUUGAGAAUUAAAUCUGUCUUGUUUUAUUGUAAUUUAAACUUAAGAAUAAAGCCAUCUUUUAAUGUCUAAAAUACUUUUAAGGACACAGUGAUGCUUUCAAUACACAAAGUUUCUCACUAACAACAUUGAAAUGUAAGAGUGUGGGAGGAAAAUGUAGCAACAAAUCCUUAUGGUUCUGUUGUAUUAUUAUAAAUUCUUGCAUAAAGCUUUAUAUGAGCAAACUAAUUCUGAGGAGAUUUAAUCAAUAUUGUUUUGAUGUUGUUUAGAUAGAAACAAGUAUUUAUUGUAAUGUUUUAAGCCUUUUAAGUGGAGUCAGAGACACUGGUGCAUGGAGCUGAAAUUCAUCUCUGGUGCUUCUUAAGAAAUAUAAAACUAUAUUAUGAGCGUUUAGAACUGAAUGAAUGUAUAGGAGAGAACAAUUGAGAAACCAGUACAGGAUUUCCAAAUCUCUGCACUAAUAAGCUAGUGUUAGUUGUUUGGUGUUGCUUCAGAUCCUGAACAUUAAAUGUAGAAGCACCUUUACCACAGUAACUUAAUACAUUAAAAUUAUGUUCAUAAUGCAGUUUUGAUAAAGAAAUCAGAACAAAGUUUCGCUAGGUGUACAAAAUCUUAAACCACAAGAAUAAUAUUUCCUAUGAGGAAAGAACAUAUUUGAAGUUCUUUCACAAACUAAAACUUUCUAUGACUUUAUAUCAUAGUUUCUAUAUAUUUUUACAUUAAAUAUAUAUAUUUUGUCCAAUUAUGUUUGCAUGUAAAGAAUUGCACUUUGACCUUAAGUUUAGAAUCUCGUAUGGUAAUUUUGUUCCUUAUAUUUCAAAAAUACAAUUAAUAUUUGUUCAGAGUACAAUUUUGUCCAGUAAAUUAUUGCUGUGUUGUAAUAA